AUGGUUGGUCUAGGGCCGAGUGAUCAAGGAUGUGAUUCCUUUGAUGUGUGUAUGGUGGUACGUGAAAUUACACCGAGUGCGGUCGGCCGUGAGAGCACCGCACUGAAUGUUGGUAAUGACAUUGUUGGACAUAUGCCAUUUAGUGUGGGCGGCCGUGACGGCACCACGCUUAACGUCGGUAAUGGCGUUGUUGGCGAUUCGACAUAUAGUGUGGGCGGCUGUGAGGUAAUUACAGCUAAUGUCAGUAAUGACAUUGUUGGCGAUACGCCGUAUAAUGUGGACGGCCGUGAGGGCACCACGCUUAACGCCGGUAAUGGCGUUGUUGGCGAUACGCCGUAUAGUGUGGGCGGCCGUGAGGGCACCACACCUAAUGUCUGCAACGGUCUCGUUGGCGAUACGCCGUACAGUGUGGACGGCCGGGAGGGCACCACACCUAAUGUUGGUAAUGACCUUACUGGCGAGACGCCGUUAAAUUUGGGGCUAGGCCCGCAUAAAACACGUGGAGUGGCACGUUUCAAUCCACUGGGUGAAGUGUUCGAGUUAUGUAACACUACACCGGAUGUUGUUCAAGACAAAAGCUCUCGUUUAGAGCUUACUAUGGUUAGUAGUAACCGUGGGGACAACAUUGUCCCGACCCCUAAGGGGUUUAAGUUCUCGAAGAGACGAUCGAGACACCGGAUAGCAACUUUUAAGCGCUAG